AUGGUGUGCACCAGGAAAACCAAAACUUUAGUGUCCACUUGCGUGAUUUUGAGUGGAAUGACUAACAUCGUCUGCCUGCUGUACGUGGGCUGGGUCACCAACUACAUUGCCAGUGUCUAUGUGAAAGUGCAGGAGCCGAUCUCAGAAAAAAAGUUAGAGGAAGACAAAGGGGACACUUUAAGGAUUAUAGAAAGGCUGGACCAUUUGGAAAAUGUCAUCAAGCAGCACAUCCAAGAAGCUCCACCAAAACUGGAAGAAAAUCCUGCCGAANNNUUCACUGACUCGUCUCUAUUUGCUCACUGGGGCCAGGAUCUCAGUCCUGAAAACAGACGUAUCGCACUGAAACAAUUCCAGUAUUAUGGCUACAACGCUUACCUGAGCGAUCGCUUGCCGCUGGACAGGCCCCUGCCUGACCUCAGGCCUAACGGGUGCAGAAACCUUACAUUCCCUGAUAGGCUUCCUGAGGUCAGCAUUGUAUUCAUAUUUGUCAACGAAGCUCUCUCAGUGAUUCUGCGUUCCAUUCAUUCAGCCAUUGACCGGACUCCUGCUCACCUGCUCAAAGAGAUUAUUUUAGUUGAUGAUAACAGUAAUAAUGAAGAACUCAAGGAGAAACUAAAGAAGUAUGUUGAUGAAGUGAAUGCCCAUAAGCCUGGUUUCAUCAAGGUUGUUCGACACAGCAAACAAGAGGGGCUGAUUCGAUCUCGAGUUAGUGGGUGGAGAGUAGCCACAGCGCCAGUAGUCGCUCUCUUUGAUGCCCAUGUGGAGUUCAAUGUGGGAUGGGCUGAACCAGUGCUCACUAGGAUAAAAGAAAACAGAAAAAGAGUCAUUUCUCCAUCAUUCGAUAACAUUAAGUAUGAUAAUUUUGAAAUAGAGGAGUAUCCCCUCUCAGCCCAGGGGUUUGACUGGGAGCUGUGGUGCCGAUAUCUGAACCCUCCUAAGUCAUGGUGGAAACUGGAGAACACAACUGCUCCAAUAAGAAGUCCUGCAUUGAUUGGAUGCUUCAUAGUAGAUAGAGAAUAUUUCCAAGAGAUUGGCUUACUGGAUGAAGGCAUGGAAGUAUAUGGAGGAGAGAAUGUGGAGCUCGGAAUCAGGGUAUGGCAAUGUGGAGGAAGUGUUGAGGUUCUACCUUGCUCCAGGAUUGCCCACAUAGAAAGAGCACAUAAACCAUACACAGAAGAUCUAACUGCUCAUGUCCGAAGAAAUGCACUAAGGGUGGCUGAAGUCUGGAUGGAUGAGUUUAAGAGCCAUGUCUAUAUGGCGUGGAACAUACCCCAGGAGGACUCCGGAAUUGAUAUUGGUGAUAUUUCUGAGAGGAAGGCCUUGAGGAAAAAGCUCCAGUGCAAGACCUUUAGGUGGUAUCUUGUCAGCGUGUAUCCAGAAAUGAGAAUGUAUUCAGAUACUGUCGCCUAUGGGGUGCUGCAGAAUUCGCUGAAAAGUGAUUUGUGCCUUGAUCAAGGACCAGACACAGAAAAUAUCCCAAUCAUGUACAUCUGCCAUGGGAUGACACCACAGAAUGUUUAUUACACAAGCAAUCAGCAGCUCCAUGUGGGUGUUCUGAGUCCCACUAUCGACGAUGAUGACAACAGAUGCCUGGUGGAUGUGAACAGCAGGCCCAGGCUCAUUGAAUGCAAUUAUGCCAAAGCCAAGAGAAUGAAGCUUUACUGGCAGUUUACUCAGGGAGGUCCAAUCCAGAACCGAAAAUCCAAGCGUUGCCUGGAAUUGCAGGAAAACAACGAAAAUGAAUUUGGAUUUCAACUCGUCCUUCAGAAAUGCACUGGACAACGCUGGUCUAUAACAAAUGUCCUGAAAAGCUUGUCAUCAUAG